AUGAGGGAAAUGGGCAUUCCACCUAGCUUAGUUACACUCAACAUUUUGAUUAAAGCUCUUUGCAAGAACAUUGAUACCGUCGACGCUGCUGUGAAGAUAUUCCGUGAGAUGACCGGUCGCGGUUGUGUUCCGGAUUUGUAUAAUUAUGGCACAAUGAUUAACGGGUUAUGUAGGUUUGAUCGGAUAUCUGAAUCGAAGGAAUUGUUCCACGAGAUGGAGGGAAAGGGUUGCUCACCUUCUGUUGUUACCUAUACUUGUUUGAUAAAGGGUUUGUGUCAGUCUGAGAAGGUAGACGAGGGCAUGGGAUUGUUUGAGAAGAUGAAGACCAAUGGUGUUGAGCCAAAUGUGUUUAGCUACAGUUCUCUAAUGGAUGGUCUUUGUAAGAAUGGCAGAUCAAAGCAAGCCAUGGAGUUACUGCACUUGAUGGUUAUGAAACGUGUUAAGCCUAAUACGAUAACUUAUACCACAUUGAUUUCUGGGCUUUGCAAGGAAGGGAAGGUUUUAGAGGCUGUGGCGAUUCUUGACAGAAUGAAGCUUCAGGACUUGAAACCAGAUGCAGGACUUUAUGGGAAGGUUAUCACUGAGUUAUGUGGUUUGAAAAGGUUUCAGGAGGCUGCAAACUUCCUUGAUGAGAUGGUCCUUGGACGAAUAACACCAAGCCGACUUACGUGGAGCCUUCACAUUAAGAUAAAUAAUAUGGUAGUGAAAGGCCUUUGUGCAGAGGGUGACCUAAAUCGAGCAUUUAGGUUGUACUUAAGUAUGAGGACCAGAGGGAUAUCGGUUGAAGUUGAGACUUCCCACGAGCUUGUGAAGUUUUGCUGUGAGAAAGGAGAUUUGCAAAAAGCAGAUCGCAUUGUAGAUGAUAUGGCAACUGAUGGUUGUGCUCCUGAUGAAGGGGUAUGGAACAAAAUGGUGGGUGAAUUCUGGGAUCAAAGAAAGGCACGUGCAGCUUUUGAAUCGGUAUUGAAUGAUCAGAUGGUUUAUUGUUAUGAUUAG